GAUAGAUGUUGCUCGGCACUUCCGGUUAUCAAAAAUGACGGUGUACACCCUAUAUAUUUUUGAUAGAAAUGGCACUUGUUUGUACUAUACGGAGUGGAAUAGGAAAAAACAAUCGGGAAUGGUCAAAGAUGAGGAGUUCAAGUUGAUGUAUGGCAUGAUUCAUUCCAUUAAAUCUUUCAUACAGAGAAUUUCACCAACAGACCUAAAGGAUGGAUUUUCAAACUUCAGAACUAGCCGAUACAAACUGAAUUUCUAUGAAACGCCGAGUGGGAUGAAGUUUAUAAUGACUACUGAUUUAUCUGUGGGGAACAUAAGAGAUGUUCUACAUCAGAUCUACAGCAAUAUAUAUGUGGAGUAUGUCGUGCGGAAUCCUCAAUGUGAACUAGGACAACCCAUCACUUGUGAACUCUUUCAAAAUAAACUGGACGAAUUUGUCCGAGGACUUUCAAUAUUCCCCACAAGAAUAUCAUAACUUUGUCACAAUUUACUCCCAAAAGCUACACAUAAUGUUAAUUCAGUGAAAGGAAUUGAGUAUAAUGAAAAUCUGUAUAUUAAAAAAACCCUGCACAAAUGUAAUAUAUUGCAUAUAUCAUUGGAUCAAGUUCUUGUGCAAAAUUGGCACAAUGCAUGGAAAUAAAGUUCCCAUUGAAAAA